CCUAUACAUACACAUUUACAACCUAUACAUACAAAAAAAAAAAAAUACACACACCAAACCGCUAACCCUAAUUCCGCCACAACCAACAACCAUCCAAACUGACGUCAUCAAUUAAAUGGAUUCCCCUCCACCACCACCUCAACCGCCGCCGCCGCCACCACGACCGCCGUCACCGCCAAUCGCAAUCAGAUCAGUAUACGCAGCCAAUCUCGAUUCAGAAUUCCGGCUAAUGGGAUCGUUGAUCGACGAUUUUCCGUACGUUUCAAUGGACACGGAAUUCCCCGGCAUUGUUGUCCGUCCGACCGCCGGGCACGAGUAUUUCCGGCAACAAAAUCCGUCCGAUCAUUACCGUUUUUUAAAAUCAAACGUUGAUACGUUAAAACUGAUUCAAGUUGGCCUUACUUUAACUGACGCCGAUGGUAAUUUACCUUUUAUACCAGAUCCGCUUCAUAGCCCUAACCCGACCCGGUUUAUUUGGGAAUUCAAUUUUAAUGAUUUUGAUCCGUCACGUGACAGGCACGCUUCUGAUUCAAUUGAGUUAUUAAAACGACAAGGGAUUAAUUUUGAGAAAAAUUCAAUAGAAGGAAUUGACUCUGUCAAUUUCUCUCAAUUGAUGAUGUCAUCAGGUUUAGUAUGUAAUGAGAAAGUAAGCUGGGUUACCUUUCAUAGUGCUUAUGAUUUCGGGUACUUGGUUAAGAUGUUAACGGGUCGGGUUUUACCCGAUGAGUUGAGUCUGUUUCUUGAUUUGUUGAAAGUGUAUUUCGGUGCCAGGGUUUAUGAUGUAAAGCAUUUGAUGAGAUAUUGUGAGAGUUUGUAUGGUGGGUUAGAUAGAGUUGCGAAAACGUUAGAUGUCGAUCGGGCCGUUGGCAAGUGUCAUCAGGCCGGUUCGGAUAGUUUGUUGACUUGGCAUGCUUUUCAGAAGAUUAAGGAGCUUUGUAGCGGUGGACCGGAGAAGUAUGCUGGUGUUCUUUAUGGGUUAGAAGCUUUUUAAGGUUGAGAUUUUCUUUGUUUUCGUAGUUUUUGUAGAAAUGUUGCUUUCCGGUAGUGAACUGAAAGAUGUAAAGUUGUGAUCUUUUUUAAUAUGAAUUUAGCUGCUAUCGAUUAUUUACUUA